GGCAGCCCGCCGGGAGGGUGGAGGGUGAGGCAAGGCGGGGACCUUUUAUGCUGGCGUCGCGUAGCCGGGCGGGUCCCGGAGGCGCCUGCUUGUAGUCCCCGCGGCUUGGGGCGGGCUCGGAAAACCCCGGCGCCGGGGCAGGGGGCGUCAACGGGCUCGGGGCAUCGGCAGGCGGGCUCCCGACGCGGGUCGAGAGUGGCGGGCCGGGGGUGGCGGUCGGGCAGGCGGCGGGGCUGCCCGGCGCGGGUGUCCCGGCGAUGUCUGGCGCUGAGGCGACGGCGGCGGCGGCGGGAUCGGGAUCGGGAUCGGGUUCGGGAUUGGGAGCAGGAGUCGGAGCCAGAGCCGUAGCGGGAUCGCGGCGGCGGCGGUGGCGGCGGCGGCCCCGGAGGCGGCGGCGGCUCCGCGGCGGGAGCUGGCGGCGGCGGGCCUGAGCGGCGGCGGCGGCGGCGCGGGAGGCGGCAGCACCGGUGGGGCGGGCGGCGGCGGGGCCUCGGCCCCUCUCCUCGCUCCGCCCCCGGAGCCCGGGGAUGAGGCGGGGCGGCCGCGGCGCCGGAGGCAGCAGCAACAGCAACCGCAGCAGCCCCGAGGGACCCCCACUCCCGCCGCAGGCCUAGCGUCCCCCAGACCCCCGAGCCCGCCGUCGCCUCCCGGGGGCCGGGGCCGCCUGCGCCGAGUCCGGGCCUCGGGUACCGUGCCGAGGAGCAUGUCCGCGGAGACGGAAAUGGAGAAGAGCAUCAGGGAGACCUCCAUUUUAGAGGAAUACAAUAUUAAUUGGACUCAGAAACUGGGAGCUGGGAUUAGUGGUCCAGUUAGGGUCUGUGUGAAAAAAUCUACCCAAGAAAGAUUUGCCCUGAAAAUCCUUCUUGAUCGUCCAAAAGCUCGGAAUGAGGUACGUCUGCACAUGAUGUGUGCGACACACCCAAAUAUUGUGCAGAUUAUUGAAGUAUAUGCUAACAGUGUGCAGUUUCCUCAUGAGUCCAGUCCAAGGGCUCGACUCCUAAUUGUAAUGGAGAUGAUGGAAGGGGGAGAGCUAUUUCACAGAAUCAGCCAGCACCGGCACUUUACAGAGAAGCAAGCCAGCCAAGUAACAAAGCAGAUAGCUUUGGCUUUGCAGCACUGUCACUCACUAAACAUUGCACACAGAGACCUCAAGCCUGAGAACCUGCUCUUCAAAGAUAACUCCUUGGAUGCUCCAGUUAAGUUGUGUGACUUUGGAUUUGCCAAAAUAGACCAAGGGGACUUGAUGACACCACAGUUCACCCCUUACUACGUAGCACCUCAGGUAUUGGAGGCACAAAGAAGGCAUCAGAAGGAGAAGUCUGGGAUUAUACCUACCUCGCCCACACCCUACACUUAUAAUAAGAGCUGUGACUUGUGGUCCUUGGGGGUGAUAAUUUAUGUGAUGCUGUGCGGCUAUCCACCUUUUUACUCCAAACACCACAGUCGGACAAUUCCAAAGGACAUGCGGAGAAAGAUCAUGACAGGAAGCUUUGAGUUUCCUGAGGAAGAAUGGAGCCAAAUCUCAGAGAUGGCCAAAGACAUUGUGAGAAAGUUGCUAAAGGUCAAACCAGAGGAGCGACUUACCAUUGAGGGGGUGUUGGACCAUCCCUGGUUAAACUCAAAUGAAGCACUGGACAAUGUGCUGCCAUCUGCCCAGUUGAUGAUGGACAAGGCAGUAGUUGCUGGAAUCCAACAGGCUCAUGCAGAACAACUGGCCAACAUGAGGAUCCAGGACCUCAAAGUCAGCCUCAAACCCUUGCACUCUGUAAAUAAUCCCAUUCUCAGAAAGAGGAAAUUGCUUGGCACAAAGCCAAAGGAUGGUGUCUAUAUCCAUGACCCUGAGAAUGGAGCAGAAGAUUCUAAUGUGGCUCUGGAAAAGCUGCGAGAUGUCAUUGCCCAGUGUAUUCUGCCCCAGGCUGGUAAAGGAGAGAACGAAGACGAGAAGCUGAAUGAGGUGAUGCAGGAGGCGUGGAAGUACAACCGGGAAUGCAAACUCCUCCGAGACACCCUGCAGAGCUUCAGCUGGAAUGGACGUGGAUUCACAGAUAAAGUGGAUCGACUUAAACUGGCAGAAAUUGUAAAACAAGUGAUUGAAGAACAGACUGCCUCUCACGAGUCCCAGUAGCCCCAACCUCAGAGCAUUAGUUUGGUUUUGGUUUAUUUUUUACAUUUUGAAAAUUUAUUCCUUAACUGUACAAAGUAAUUUUUAUGUAAAUUAAUAAAUCAUAAUUUCAUUAAAUUUCCAUACUGCUGGAAGAUGCUGUAUAGGUGUAGAUACAAGAAUCAUUGGUACUGUAAUAUUUUUUUAAGACAAGCUCAGUUCUUAGAGAUACAUUAUCACUCCUGUAUUGUUCAUUUGUAUGUCUCUCAGACAGGACAGGUGAUGUCACCAAGAUCCUUUGAUCUGUAAUAGACCCAGAAGCACCUUACCAGUGAUGAGCAGCUAAAUAGUUCUAGGAGCCUUUCUGCUUAGUAAGAAGCUGGAAUAUCAUCUAUAAACUGUGGACUAUAUAAUCCAUCAAUGCUCUCUGUCCCCCCCCCCCCCCCCCUUUCAAUAACCAUCAGGGCUGGAGCACCGAUGGAGGGAGCUCUGUUGGCUUUGGCUCCAGAGGGCCAUCAGGGACAAGCCAGUGAGCAGCUUCUUGGCCCACCUGGCCUCUGAGGCCAGUGUCACUGUGCUCUCCUCAGUUUUAGGGAUUCUUUGGGGCAGAACUUGUCUUCUUUCUCUUUUCCAUUUUUCUCCUGAUCUUUCUAGGGUGGAGCAAUGAGGUUCCCUAAGGUUUUCUCUUUGUGAAAUGGUUAGGAAUGAAAAGGAUUUGAAUAGUUUAGUAAAGACAGAUUCUUGUCCAUUUAUUCUCUUUCUGCUUGUAGGUCCCCAGUGUUAGACUUAUUUUUCCAGACCAGAAUUUCUCUCCCUGUUGCCUUUGUCUCUCAUUUUUGUUUUCUGCUCCUCCUUCCUUGUUCCUAUAUUAUUUCUAAACCUUCAUUGCAGGCUUGGAAAGCUGUGCAUCAUAUGUAUCUGUUGACUCUCAGACUGGCCUUCCGCAUUAUUCAGGCUUCUCCCCAAAUUUGAGCUCUGCUUUGAACUUCUUUUUGACUAUGUCUCUGCCAUCCUGAUCCCAUAUUUUCACUCAGCUCUCAUAGCCACUCAUAUGGAACAUAAUUCUGAGCGUGGCUCUCGAAAUGUAAAACAUAUCUGUUUAGUUUUCUAGUUUUCUGUUCUGUGAUAUUUUCCUGUAAGAGGGUUGUAGAGAGACUUUUGGUACCUUUGUAGGUAAGCAGGCUAGGUGUUGUAAAUUGAGGUACCAUUAGGGAAGAGAAAAAGUAGGUUUGUUAAUUUUUAUAGCAUGACAGGUCAGGCAGCUAGCACUGACUUUAAGGCAUUUUGUGAGGCACUGGGGACACUGAGGCAAAAGUGGAACAGUCAGUGCCUUUAAGGAGUUUGUGCUCAUGCUGGGGUGAAGCAGUCUGUUAACCAGCAAGCACUGAUUAUGUCCCUACUUACUGUAAUCAGCCCCCACUAGGGCAGGGCUCCAAGGUUUACAAAGACCUAAGUGAAGCGGUCCCUGCUUUUAAGGAACAUCUUCGAAUGUUCUGGGUCUCCAGUUGAAAACUUGGGCCACUUUGGCUGCUGCUCAAUGGCUGCUCAACUUUUCUCCUUUUCUAAAUGGAUCUUCAGAGAACUACAUGGGGCCAACUCUGACAGUUUAUAAGAGCAAGUGUAGCCAUUCAGAGAGGCCCUUUGCUCCCAGGGCCCCCCCUCAUGUUGCUCUUCAGCUUGCCCAGCCCUCUUUGGCCAAGCUUUCCACUAUCAAAAAGGCCAUUAUGUGAUCAUGGUUACAAAUUUUUAUGUUCUCUGUUGAGAGAGAGCAGCAAAGCCUAACCCUAAUGGAGUUCAGGAGCAAAGAAUAGCAUAUGCUUUUUCUCUUUACUAAUCUGAAAACCUGUAGAUCAGAGACAGUUGCAAAGACCCUACCUUGUUGUCUGGCAUCUGAACACCUGGAGUUUCCCAUCUUCCCAGUGACAGAGGGGAGGUUCGAGGAGGAAGUGGGGGUGUGUGGCAUCUAGUGUAGGGCUGUGUUGAAAGUAAACACUUAGUGUUUGAGGAGCACUGUUGUCAGCCUGAGCUUACUAUCACUCAACUUCUAGGACAUCAUUUCCACCAUAGAGUUCUGAUGAGUUGGACACUUGAAAACCAUCACCUUGAACUCUCAUUCUUUUUUGUUAGGGUUGGAAGUGAUGAUCUUUGGCCAAGGCUUAAGGGGCCACCCGAGGUGGUGAUCAUCAGUCCAGAAAAGAGGGCACGCGUCUUGGUUCCCAUAGAGGAGCGGAGCUAACACUGUGUAGACCAUCUGGGGAGUCUGAUCCCCUGUCACUUAGCCAUGGCUGUCCUGGGCUUUGAAAGAGCAGAGGGAUCGGUGUGGACGGUGGGCCCCAGGAUGCUUGGGAUCCAGGGACCCCUAUCCAGUGACUGCUGCCCUGGCCUCUUUGCUCUGUUAGUGAAGCAGAAAGCAAAUUGUAAUUCAGACCUGAACAAAACUUUCAUGCGUUUCUUUUUGUCCGUAGCAGGGAACAUCCUACUCUUGAAAGGCUUUGACAUGUUACUGCUAAUGCGUGAGCCUUGUGAUUUGGAGAGUUGAUAAGAGGACUGCUCCUGCCUAGAGUGUUGAAUCACAUGAAGUCAUCAACUAUAGACUGUCUUGACUUUUCCUCAUUGUACCUCUGACCCUCUCCCCCUCGAUUUAUUUAUUAAAGCCAUUGUUCGUCAGUGAAAUGCCUUUGGAUCACCCAUAGUUAGGUGUCUGGUAGAUGGCAGAGCCAUUCCUACCUGUGUUCGUGUGUGUCUUUAUAAACGUAAACGUGUAUGGGCAGGGAGAGGGUUGUCAGAAGUUAGUGUUUGAAGUGUGUGAAUAUAAGGAAUUACCCUUUUUUAGUGUUCAUGUUGAGUUUAUCCAUUUGAGAAAGGACCAAUUUGAAGGAUUGGUAGGCAAGAGUAGCGUAACAUAAGGUCAAAGGUCAAGUGAUUGAUUUCAGGCAUGUUAUGUCUAAAACAACUGUGUUUUAGAACAAAGAUGGGAUGUAAUUUAAUUUCUAAUUAUGCUUUAAUCCUUUAAGUGAAAAAAUCAAUAACAAUUAUCAAGAGAGAAAAUGGACGUAAAGUUAUAAAAUCAUUAAUGUCAGCUAUUGUGGAGCAUGGUGUAGUGGAUAGAGGGCUGGCCUUGGAGUCAGGAGAACUGUUCUGCCUCUUAUACCCACUGGCUGGGUGACUGGGGCCAAAGCACUUAACCUCUCAGGGCUGCUCUAAUUAACUCUGAGUCUAAGAGUAAAUGGUGCAGAGGAGUUGUGGAUCUGCCUUAAGUAUAGGGAAUUUCUAAAGUAGGAGUUCCCUGUGCCAGUGGAAUCAAAGGUCCAAAAUGGCCCUUUCCCCUAAAAUGAUUACUCUUAGGCCAUCUCACUCUGAUUUCAAGAUAAUCACUCAAUAUGUAAUUCCCAUUGUUUUUGUGAAGUCCUGGAGUAAUUCCAAUUGUUUUUAUGAAGUGCUGGAGGAAUCUCUCCCCAGAUUCUUCAGAUCGAAAUGUUCACAUUGGACAAUUUUAAACAAAUGUUCUUUUGUGUGAAGUGCAAAGUCAAAGAUGUGUCUAGAAAUCAUUUGAUCCUUAGGGGGUAUUCUUUUGAACUAGUGACCCAGCUACCUGCCAGUGUGUUCUCUUCUUGUUGGAUGAUGGAGAGAAACUGUCAUCUACUCCAGGAGAGAAUUAUUAGAAUUUAAUGAUGAAACCAUUAUCCCAGGUAGUUUGUUCUACAACAGUGGUGAUAUAUGAGAUAACACAUAGUACCUACCCUUCAUUUCUGUGUCAGGUCAAGAAUGUUUUCCUUUUUCAGUGUUACCUGUAUGCUUAUUUUUAUUUUGGAAUCAGUAUUAUAUUGUAAAUAUUCGAUAUUGUUGUAUAUAAAAUGAUUUUACUAAA